UGAGGUCAGGCCAGAGCAGAUUUUCUAGAAAAGUUAAUGAGUUUCAAGUUCCAAUAACCAGAAUCCCAUCAAAAGAGAAAGGGCAUCCUCAUGUUCUUGCUUAUUGGAUUUAUGGAACUAAUGGAGACAGUUUUAAAGGCAAUAUAUCAUCCAAGAAAUCGGUACCUGCUGGAGCUUGAUUCUAGUUCUUCAGACAAUGAAAGAGAGAGUUUAGCACUUUCUGUUCAAUCAGAAAAAGCGUUUCAAGCCUUUGCCAAUGUUGAUGUUAUUGGAAAGAGUUAUGCACUCAACGAGAUUGGAUCGUCAGCUCUGGCGGCCGCACUUCACGCUGCAGCGUUGUUUCUCAAGAUUAAUGCAGAUUGGGACUGGUUUAUCACAUUAAGUGUUGCUGAUUAUCCACUCAUGACUCAGAAUGGAGGAUGGAAAAAUUGUGAAGACAGGAGACAUCAACAUAGCAAAAAUUCUUGAGAAAGAAGGAUGCAAAGGAACUUCUGUUGCAUAACUGCGAAGAAUGG